AUGACGCCCAGGUUCUUGGCCAGAGUGACGGGCGGGAUGCUGGCAUUGUCCACAGUGAUUGAGAACGGAGGUUCACACUCCUACCGGUAUUUCAUGAUGGGGGUGUCGCAGCCCGGCUCGGGGGUGCCUGAGUUCAGCGACACUGGCUACUUCGACGAUCAGCCCGUCUACCGCUACGACAGCGACCGCGGCCAGGGGACGCCCGGCUCGGAGUGGGUGAAGGGCGCCGUGGACGCGCAGUACUGGGAGCGGGAGACGCGGAGAUCACAGGGCUGGGAGCCCACGUUCCGAGCGAACCUGGACAUCGCGCGCCAGCGCUACAACCAGAGCGCGGGCUUUCAUACCCUCCAGGUGAAGUACGGCUGUGAGCUACGAGAUGAUGGCAGCAUUGGGGGGUUUGAGCAGUACGCAUAUGAUGGGGGAGACUUUCUCAGCUUUGAUACAAAGACCCACACCUGGGUAGCACCAGCCAGAGAGGCCGAGGUCACCCAGCACAGAUGGAAUGAGGAUAAGGCCUAUCUUCAGCAAGAGACAGCCUACCUGGAGCAGGAGUGCAUCGAGUGGCUGCAGAAAUAUUUGGCGUAUGGAAAGGAGACACUGCAGAGAAGAGAGCCACCGCGGGUGCAGGUGAGCGACCGGCCGAGCCGGGACGGGCUCACCACCCUCUCCUGCCAGGUCCACAGCUUCUACCCGCAGAACGUGGCUGUCGUGUGGCUGAAGAAGGGGGUGGCCGUGCCAUGGGAGACGAAGCGUGGGGACGUGCUUCCCAGCGGGGACGGGACUUACCAGACCCGGGCCACCAUCGAGAUCGACCCCAGCAGUGAGACCGAUUAUACCUGCUGUGUGGAGCACCCCAGCCUGGCAGAGGAUCUGAGAGUGCCCUGGGCACCCAAGUCCAACAUGAUGCUGAUCGUGGGUGUCGUUAUCGGGGUUCUUGUGCUGGUUGCUGCCAUCGCUGGAGCCGUUGUCUUCCUCAGGAAGAAGAAAGGCGGCUACAAAGCAGCUGCAUCUCACGACGGCUCCGCCAGCUCCGGAAGUGACCAGGGAUUGGACACCUCUGCCAAGGCGUAACGGAGCCUGUCGGCCCCGGCUGGGGGGAUCCCAGACCGAGGGGGGAGACUGGAGCAGAUCAGCCUUCUGGGAAUGCAACAGCUCAUCAGCACCUUCCACAGACAGCCUGCUUAAAGCCCUUUGCCUUGAUUGUACCCGAGCUAAACACCCGCCUGUGAGACAGCAACUGCGGCUCUCACUUUAGAACGGAAACCUCCGUGGCUGCAGCCUGCCAGGGAUGGUCGGGGUCGCUUAUUGUUUGAUUUCUACACAACUGUCUUGUUUUGAAAAAAUGAAAACUUGUAUCGCUGAAGAUCUGGUUUGUAUAGAAAAAUAACCAGGGUUGGCUGGACUGAAUUGUUAGCGUAGGGCUGUACCCAGCACACACUGUUCUCUCUGCUUUGAUUGUAACUUAGCCCCCGUUUUCUGUUUCUGCGGUGAUUAAGGGAUUAAGAUGUUCUUCUUUUUGCUGCUGCAGCUUCCUGUGUAAUGAGCUAAAUCCUGCUGUCAGGGCGCUGGUCACUCCAGGGUAAGGCCUUGUCUACAUGGCGAUUUGCACCAGUGUAACUACAGAGGUGUGAGUUUGAAGUGCACUAGUUAAAUCCCUGUGUGGACACUCUUAGUCUGGUGUAAGACAGGGCUUGUUUUGAUUUAAACUGAUUCCCAAGUGAGUCAAGCAAGAAAAAGUCACUUCUUCUACCAGAAUCAGUGUCCCCUAACUGAUCUGGUGCACGUUUGCGUGUAGACAAAGCCUAAACUGGCGCAGAUUCUGCUCCCAAAUGGGAUGAUUUUGUGUGUGACGGAUGUAAAUUUUUUUUUUUUUGCUUAAGAUUUUAAAAACAGUUUUAAAUAGUAAGGUUAUAUCUCUUGGUGAUUUUCAUAUGGACACAAUAAAUGUCGGUUUGGGGUUUUAAUCUCUCUUCA